UUUUUUUAUUCAAGUGAAUGCAAUACACAGUAGUUCACUGCUGUACAUUAUAAAAUCAAGUUUGAGGCACUUGAGGCCACGCCCAAUUCACUGACGUCAGAAUGGGUACUGUCCAUCGGCGUUUCAAGGGCAAAACUACAGAAGGAUGAGAAAGAGCCAAGCACUUUUUGCUGCAUCGUAAUAUAAUCAAAACUAUGGUUCCACCCCCUGUUUGCUGCACCACAUGAUUUCCACGGAAGCUGCUUUUCUGUACAUAAAGCCAGAGAAGCUGCACCGUGUCUUAGGUUGCUGACAGCUGACAACUGAAGACCACCGUGUUUUGUACAUUCUGAAGAAGCGCUUCCACGUUCAGCACCGGCUCACUGACUUUUAAGUCAUCAUGGCAGAUUCCAGCCUUCAAAACCUGACAUCGCUUGCCCGGGCUCUGUCACAACCUAAACUAUAUUCGUCAGAAGGGGAUGACAGCUCUACGCGAAAUACUCAGCAUCAACUGUGCCGAAGGAAAAAGUUAUCGAGCUGCAGUUCGAGCGAGCUCAUAGAGUCGGCGACUCAACACACCGGCGAGGCGCGAGUCCUGGUCAUCAACACCGGAGGAACCAUCGGGAUGACAGUUCAUGAUAACGUGCUUGCACCACAAGCCAAUGCAUUUGUAAAGAGCUUGCGGAAGCUGCCCAUCCUCCAUGAUAAGACAUAUGCCCAGCAGACCUGCAUGUAUGACUAUUAUGGACCCGACACCCUGGUCCUGCCGGCGCCAACAACCCAUCAUGAGCCGCAGUUUCACGGGAUGAAUAAAGACAAUAAGAGGAUAGUCUACACUAUCUUUGAGUACAGCCCUUUGCUGGACUCCUCCAAUAUGACCACGGAUGACUGGGGUAAAAUUGGAAAGGACAUUGAGAAAAACUAUGAAGACUAUGAUGGUUUUGUGAUCCUUCAUGGCACAGACACCAUGGCUUACACAGCCUCUGCCCUGUCGUUCAUGUGUGAACACUUGGGCAAACCAAUUGUUCUCACUGGCGCACAGGUGCCCAUCUAUGAGAUGAGGAAUGAUGGCAGAGGCAACCUGCUGGGGGCGCUGCUGAUCGCUGGACAGUAUGUCAUUCCUGAGGUGUGCCUGUAUUUCUACAACAAACUCUACAGAGGGAAUCGUGUGACCAAGGUGGAUGCUGGGAGUUUCAAUGCAUUCUGCUCUCCUAACUUGGCUCCUCUGGCCACUGCUGAAGUGGAUAUUACAAUCAACUGGGACACGGUUUGGAAGGCAAACACCACAGCAAAGUUUCAAGUCAGCACGGAGCUGAACCGGAACGUAGGCCUGCUCAGGCUGUUCCCAGGAAUAACUGCUGCCACUGUAAGAGCUUUCCUGCAGCCGCCCAUGGAGGGCGUGGUGCUGGAGACAUACGGCAGCGGAAAUGCCCCCGAUAACCGUCCUGACCUGCUAGAGGAGCUGAAGAAGGCAACUGACUCCGGCGUCAUCAUCAUCAACUGCACCCAGUGUCUGAGGGGGUCUGUGUCUGCAUCUUACGCCACUGGCAAGGUGUUGAUGGAUGCAGGGCUGAUAGCCGGUGGUGACAUGACUCCAGAGGCUGCCUUGUCAAAGCUGUCCUACGUGUUGGCCAAGAAGGAGCUUGAUCUAGAUGCCAAGAAAAAGAUGAUGGGUGAGAACCUGCGAGGUGAAAUGAGGGCCGACUUAGCAGGAGCCAAGCUGUGUCUGAGCGACAGCCGUUUCAUCCAGGUCAUCGCCAAGUCUCUGAGCAUCAGCUGCAAGGAGGAGCUGGAGGCCAUUCGUGAUGCCCUGACUCCUACACUGGCAUGUGCUGCUGCUAAGAUUGGAGACAUAGAAGCCAUAGAAGCCCUAAAAGACAUGGGCACUAACUUGGGUCUGGGUGACUUCGAUGGACGUACACCCCUACAUAUUGCCGCCUGUGAGGGCCACCUGAAAGUGGUGCAGUACCUGCUGGGUCAUGGCGCUACAGUCCAUGCUAAAGAUCGCUAUGGGGAUACACCUUUAUCCAAUGCUGUACGCUUCAGGCACAUGGAAGUUGUGAAGCUGCUGAGAAAGACCGGGGCCCACUUCUCCAGAGACGAGUCGGAGGAAGCAGGAACAGAACUGUGCAGCAUGGCAGCCAGCGGUGACCUGGAGGGCCUGGAGAUCUGGAGCCUUGCUGGAGCAGACCUGAAUACAUUAGGCUAUGAUGGACAGACAGCCAUUCAAGUGGCCCAGGCUGUUGGCAAAGAAGAGGUAGUGGCUCUUUUAGUCCAACUCAUGAGCAGAAAGGCGGUAUUUGAUGAAAAUGAUGAUUUGAGCGGAGUGAUCGAGUUCACCGCCAGUCCGUCCGGAUCGUGAGCUGACACUUCCUCACGCGACAGGAAUCGUCCUCCAUUUGUUUCUACUUCAUCCGAAACCGUGUUCUACACACGGUUCACUGUCCUGUUGAAUUUCACAUUUACUGUUUUUACUUUUAAUAUCUGCACAAACACUUAUUUUUCCAUGUCUUUUAAAGCCAUCACUACUAACAGUAUUUCCCUCCAAACCCAUAUAUAGCAUAACAUUUUAUAACCAUUGCUUUUGAGUCUAGAAAGGGCAACACUAGAUGUAUGUAUAUGUUGCAUUGUUGCACAGUAAUCUCUGUAUAAGGAAACAAAUGCUGAUUUUAUCAAAUGCUUUUAUUACUAUGUAUGAACAACAGACUCAGUUAUUAUGAUGUCCAGUCAGGGAAUUAAGGGUGAUCUUCACCGAAGCUGUUUUAACAUGGUCAAUGCUGGAACCUUCCGUAACUCUUGAACAGUAAAGGAUGAUUGGCGAAGGUUAAUUUUGAAGAAAAAAAUAAAAAUAGCAAAAGAGUUAAGAACUCUGAGCAGUGCACAUUACUUCAUAAAGUAAGGUUGUCUCUUUCUACAGCAAUAUAUUCAUACUACCUGGAAUUACAUUCACAGAUUUUAUUUUUGUGCUUAUUUUUAUAGUGAGAUGGUGGAACGGGUCUUGUAAUGUACUAAAAGUAAGGUUUCUGUUUUUACUAUGUGGAAUAUUAUCCGACUGUAGCACUUGUUCACUUCAGUUUAAAGUAUACCCUGAAGCCGAGAUGUUCAUUUCCUUCUGCUCAAACAGGAACUACAAAAACCUGCAAUUACUUUACACACUCAUCCAGCCUGUUUCUUGUGCUGAUUGUCGAGCUGGAAGAGUGGCAUAUCUCACUUUGAAAUGUAAAGGGGAAAUCAAGUCUGAGCCAAAUUGAACCUUAAAACUGCCAAAGUUUUUGUGUUCAUCGUGUAUUUUGUCGUCUAUGUUCUUUGCGUCCGUGAUCACAAAUAGACGACUUGUGUUUUCCUCAUCUUUGUUGCGCUAUGAGUAAAUGAUGUUAAACCGUGUUACUCUUGGUUUGAUACAAUUUACCCUUUAAACCAAUCCAGGUUACAUUUUGUCAUAUUUGAAUGUUAUCAGCUGUAAGGGAAUUACAUGUGACUUGAAAGUGCAAAUACAUCUUAAUCACUAUCACUUGAAAUGUAUCCUUUCUUUUUCAGUGUUGCUAUUGUCUUACUGUUGAAUUAAAAAAAAAAAAAAAAGUGGUAAAAGAGUGUGUAUGAAAAUGAUCCUGUGGUCUGUGUCUGCUAUGGAAAAAGCAAUAAAUAAAUAUCUUAGUUCAAA